AUGUAUUCGCUUCCAAGUUUCACCUCAGGCUCCCUUCGUCACGCACCGCCGCCACUGAUCAUCUCCUGCACGGCUUUGGCCAGAUCCAAACCCCCCAACUUCUACGAGGUGCUCUCGCUCGACACCUCCGGUUCCCUAGCCGGGCCCGAGGAGAUCAAGAGGGCCUACCGGCGCUUGGCCCUCCGGUGCCAUCCUGACCUCUGCUCCGCUGGUUCCGGCAACAAAGAAGAGUGCACGAGGAGGUUCAUCGAGCUGCACCAGGCUUACGUCGCGCUGUCCGACCCGGCUCUGCGUAGGAAGCACGACAUGGAGCUGAGGGGUAUUGCCGGAGGCAACGAUGGCAGCUGCCGGCAGUUCUCCAGGGAGGUGUGGGAGGCGCAACUCCACAAGCUUUGGCAGCGGUCGACUGUGCGGCGCAGGGGAAGGGCGGCAGAGAAUUAG